UUUUAUAUGAACUUUUUGUCAGAAUUCACAAAAUUCAGUUGCUCACCACUCUCAUCUCCUGCUCUACUUCGGAUACAGAAUCUCUCUUCUCCAAAAAAGCUCCAUCUUUUUCUGUUACUUAGGGUUUUAAUCAGCUGAUCACGCCUGCUCAACUCGCCGUAUCUACCAUUUUCUUCUUACUUUUCUUCCUAUACCAAUCUGCCUUUAUCGCUGAGUUAGAGAAUAAAGUGUUUUUGUAGAGACGAAUUUGUAGAAAAGCCUCUUCAAAAUAGCGUCCUCGUUCUGCUCGAUUGAUUAUACAUUUGGGGCAAAGUGUGAGGAUUAAGAAGUUGAUUUGUCUCAGUAUGGGUUAUCUUUGUGAUUUCUGUGGGGAGCAAAGAUCUAUUGUGUACUGUCGGUCAGAUUCGGCUAGUUUAUGUUUGUCCUGUGACCGCAAUGUCCAUUCCGCUAACGCCCUUUCGAAACGACACUCAAGAACACUUCUUUGUGAAAGAUGCAAUUCUCAGCCAGCUUCUGUUAGAUGUAUGGAGGAGAGAGUAUCUCUUUGCCACAAUUGUGAUUGGAUGGGGCAUUCCAGCUCAAACACGAGUACUGCGCAUAAAAAGCAACACGUUAACUGUUACUCCGGAUGCCCCUCAGCUGCAGAGCUUUCUCAUAUUUGGUCGUUUCUCUUAGAUAGUCCUUCAGUUGGGGGUUCCGCCUGCGAACAGGGGAUGGAUUCAAUGAGCAUUUCAGAUAACAAGCUAAGAGAUUUCCAGGGUACUCAAGAAAAGAACAGUUGCAAAGGUGUAUCCUUUGCCACAGAAGCCAGCAACCUGAGUAAUGUGGAUAUGGAUAAAGAAGCAGUUUGGAUGGAGUCGUCAACACUGCUUUAUUCCAAGAUGCAGAAUGCGGGUAUGUUGGCUGGAUCUACCCGCUCUGCCAUGCGCAAGGUAUAUGUACCUUGCGAAAAAGGGAUUGCCGAAUGCGAGGAUAAUGAUUUCUAUGAUAAUUUUAAUGUGGAUGAAAUUGACCUAGGUAUUGAGAACUAUGACGAACUUUUUGGUGCUGCCCUGGGUAAUCCUGACCGGCUUUUUGAUAAUGAAGACAUUGAUGGAUUAUUUGGGCCACACGACAUGUCCGGUUCUGAUUGUCAGGGUGCUUACCUCGCUGAGGGAUCGCCAGUUGGAGGAAUGACGAUGCGACCAGCAUGCAGCAAUGCAGCAUCUGCAGAUUCAGUUGUUAGCUGCAAGACUGAACCUAACAUAUGUUUUAUGAGGCAAGCACAGUCGGUUGUCUCAUUCUCCGGCAUCACCGGAGAGAGUAGUGGUGUUGACUACCAAGAUUGUGGCGCAUCGCAAAUGUUAAACAUGGGAGAGCCACCAUGGGGCCCUGAAAGUGCGAUGCCCCCCUCUUCCAGCAGGAGCGAUGCUGUCAUGCGUUACAAGGAGAAGAAGAAGACACGAAAAUUCGAGAAAAAAGUGAGGUAUGCAACUCGCAAGGCCAGAGCAGAUGUAAGGAGGCGCGUGAAGGGACGCUUUAUCAAGGCCGGUGAUGCUUAUGACUACGAUCCGUUGGGCAAAAGCAGAAGCUGCUGAGUAUACAUCUUCAAUUCUAAGGAAAUGAGCACUACUACAUUUACAAGCACGAUCCCACCACCCUUGCAGUGACAAAUGCUCUUAAAAUCGUGUUGCAGGGGCUGAACUCGUUCCUACGAAUAAACCCGGGCGGAGAGAGACCUCCCCAUCGCGAAGAAACGAGGACAUCUUUCUACAAGAAAAUGGUACUAGGUAAGAAUAUACUCCCAUGGAGGAAGCAGCAGCUUUGCUUAAUUUGGUAUAUGCUACUAUUUUGUUAGCUAUAUUAUACACUCUCUUUUUUGGCCUUGUUUGAUUGGUGUAGACAACAUGUAUAGCAUAAAAAGUCACACCUUAGCAAGAAUAUGAUUUUUCUAUCUUGCAUCAAACUGUAUUUAAUGUAAGUAGAGGCUUAAUUUAAUUAUGGAUUGUGUGUGUUUGUUCA